AUGGCCGAUGACACCGGAGUUUCUGAGGAUACCUCUAUCACCUUCACUGUCAAGUCCUCCACUGAUGCCAAGUUCACCCUGACCCUCCCUAUCUCUACACUUGUAUUGGACUUGAAGCAGAAGCUAUCGAGCUCUGAAUAUGCCGACACCCCCGCGGAUCGCCAGCGCCUGAUCUAUUCCGGUCGAGUCCUGAAAGACAAUGAGACUCUAGAGAGCUACAAGAUCAAGGACGGACAUACCAUCCAUUUGGUCAAGAGCGCUGCGAGUAAUCAGCAACGUUCGAAUCCCACGGGUCAAGCCAGUUCGACAACCGCACCUGCUGGCGCCACCCCGAGUCAACCCACUGCUGGUGUCCCUACUAACAUCGCUGCCGGUACUGGCAACAACCCUCUUGCUGGACUUACUGGGGCUCGAUACGCUGGGUUUGCCCAGCUUCCCGGCGCAGGUCUCUUUGGGCCAGAUGGUGGGAUGGGCCCUCCUCCGGACUCGGACCAAAUGUUGAACAUGCUCGAGAACCCCCAGUUCCAAUCACAGAUCAACGAGGCUCUGCAAAACCCUGCGAUGAUCGACAUGAUGAUACAACAAAACCCUAUGCUUCGUGACAUGGGACCCACUGCACGACAGAUGUUGCAAAGCCCGGAAUUUCGUCGCAUGAUGACUGACCCCAACCAUAUUCGCCAGAUGAUGCAGGUCCAGCGGGCGAUGGGUAUGGGCCCCGGCGGCAUGGGCGGCGAGUCAGCCUUUCCUGCCCCAGGUGUCACCAACACUACUGGUCAAGAGGGGCAGACCACCGAGCAGCAAGCCCCUCCCAAUCCGUUUGCUCAAAUGGGACAGAUGGGACAAAACCCUCUUGGAAACCCAUUCGCUCAGCUCUUCGGAGGUGCCAAUCCUUUCGGCAACCUUGCUCCAGCUGGAAACACUCAGCCGACCGGUACACAGGAAGGCCAGAACGCCACAGAAAGAUCCGCAACGGGCGAUGGACAGAAUCCCGAAGCCGGCCAGGCUCAGUCCCAAGCUCAGAAUCCAUUUGCCUCCUUGCUCAAUCCAGCUUUGUUUGGCGGCAACAGUGGUGCCCAAGGCAUAAACCCUUUCAACCCUCAACAGAACCCGUUCCUACGUGACCCUGCACUAAUGCAACAGAUGAUGCAGGCUAUGGGUGGACAAGGUGGAGAAGGCGGCGCUGCUGGUUCGAAUCCGCUGGCAUCUUUGCUUGGGGGCGGCGGUUUCGGUAGUGGCUUUGGUGGCUUCGGCACUCCCCAGCCAGCAGACAACCGGCCCCCGGAGGAGCGCUACGCUGAUCAGCUCCGGCAAUUGAACGAUAUGGGCUUCUUUGAAUUUGAGCGAAACGUUGCAGCUCUGCGCCGAUCUGGCGGCAGUGUUCAAGGAGCUAUCGAGGAUCUCCUGAAUAAUCCGUCAUGA